AGAAUGACGAAGGAGGCAGUUACUUUCCCUCAGAGAAGUUACAGUCUGGAGCUGCAGAAAGCGCCGCCACACCCGAUUGGCUCCUUCCCUUCACUCAAAAACUGAGAAACGGAGAGAGACCCCUUCUCCCUGAAGAUGCAGACCCCCUCGUGAAAGCCAAGGAUAACAAGACUGGUCUUCAUAUUACCCUUUUCACUCUAAAAGAGUAUUGAUGAUCUCGGUGUUUUUCAGGACGUGAAGCAUACGGCAGAAUUGUUGAGAUGUUCUCACAAGUCUUUUUAGCUGUUCUGCUCUACACCACCGUGGCCCCCCUCCAUGCUCAAAAUGAUGAAGGAACUUCCUGUGCAGAUAAAACUGACUGUCCAAUCAGAGUGUACUUUGUCAUUGACACAUCCGAGAGCAUUGCCCUUCAGACUGAGCCUAUUGAGAGUUUAGUGAACCACAGCAAGAAGUUUGUCGCUCAGUUCGUCAAUAAGCUGGCCAAUGAGGUCUACCAGAAACAAAUAUCCAUAGAUUGGCAAAUUGGUGGACUUCACUUUUCAGAUAUAGUGAUUAUCUUUAGUCCUUUGACCCAAGAAAAGGCAAAAUUCAAUGAGCAGUUGAAAAAAAUCCGUUACAUUGGUAGGGGCACCUUCACAGACUGUGCCCUCUCCAACAUGACUGCUCAGAUGUCUCUCAGUUCCCCAGGGAUUAAUUAUGCCGUUGUGAUCACGGAUGGCCAUGUGACAGGGCAUCCCUGUGGAGGGAUGAAGCAGCAAGCUGACCGAGCACGAGAGGCAGGGAUCAAGCUCUUUGCAGUGGCUCCCAGCUCAAAAAUCUAUGAGCAAGGUCUCCAGGAAAUUGCCAGCCUUCCACAUGAGCUUUUCCGGAACAACUAUGCCAUCCUAAAGAAAGGCAGUGUUGAUGAGGAUACUGAAACCAUGGAUAAGAUCAUCCAAGUUAUGAAACAGGAUGCCUUUGAAAAGUGCUACAAAAUGAGCUGCCUUGAAAUUCAAGGUCCUCCUGGCCCAAAGGGAUUUCGAGGACAAAAGGGUGCAAAAGGGAACAUGGGGAUUCCAGGCUUUCCUGGGCUAAAAGGACGACAAGGUGACCCAGGAAUUGAAGGUCCAAUUGGCCACCCUGGUCCUAAGGGUAUUCCUGGUCUAAAAGGAGAAAAGGGUGAGUUUGGAGCAGAUGGACGAAAGGGAGCUAGUGGUUUCUCUGGAAGAAAUGGCACUGAUGGACAGAAGGGCAAGAUGGGACGGAUCGGACCUCCUGGCUGUAAGGGUGACCCAGGCAACAGGGGUCUUGAUGGCUACCCUGGAAGUCCUGGUGAUAAAGGGCCACAAGGAGAGGAAGGGAUAAAGGGAGAUCCUGGCCGGCCUGGCAAAGAUGGACCACCUGGUCUCAGUGGAGAUAAAGGAAGCCCUGGACCGAAAGGGUACAAAGGAGAACCUGGUCUUCCUGGUCUCAAGGGAGGUCCAGGUGCCAAAGGACUUGAGGGACCAAAAGGAGAACCUGGUCGUCGCGGUGAUCCUGGAGACAUAGGACGUCCUGGAAAUCCAGGAACCAAGGGGGACAAAGGAGAUCCUGGUUCUGAGGGACAAAGGGGUCUACCAGGAGAAACUGGAGAGAAAGGAAGAAAUGGAGAUCAAGGACUGCCAGGCCAGCGCGGUCCACCAGGUGGUGUGGGAGAAGCAGGCAACCCUGGCUCAGCUGGAGAUCCUGGGAGAGAAGGUGAGAGGGGCGACAUGGGACCCAAAGGACCCAAGGGUGACGGGGGAAGACCUGGCUUAAACUUGCCUGGUCCCAGAGGAUCCCGGGGUGACAAAGGUGAAAAGGGGCAUCUAGGACCAGAGGGUUCAAGAGGUGACCUUGGGCCAAAAGGAGUUAAAGGGAAAAAAGGACAGCCAGGUGAAGAUGGAGGCAUUGGCCUUCCAGGUCAGCCUGGACCCAGAGGACCCAAUGGUGAACCUGGACCUGAGGGUGAUCCUGGUCCUCCUGGAGAUCCUGGCCUAACUGACUGCGAUGUGAUGACCUACAUCAGAGAGACCUGCGGCUGCUGUGACUGUGAGAAGCGGUGUGGUCCACUGGACAUUGUCUUCGUCAUAGACAGUUCAGAGAGUAUUGGCUAUACCAAUUUCUCCCUGGAGAAGAAUUUUGUCAUCAAUGUGGUGAGCAGGCUAGGCUCCAUUGCCAAAGAUCCCAAAUCUGAGACAGGUGCCCGUGUUGGAGUGGUCCAGUACAGUCAUAAAGGAACCUUUGAAGCCAUCCAGCUCAAUGAUAAGCGCAUUGACUCACUCUCCAGUUUCAAAGAGGCAGUGAAGAAGCUGGAGUGGAUUGCAGGGGGCACAUGGACUCCCUCUGCACUUCAGUUUGCCUACGAAACUCUCAUCAAGGAAAGCCGGAGAGAAAAGGCCCGGGUGUUUGCUGUGGUGGUGACUGAUGGACGUCAUGACCCACGAGAUAAAGACUCCAACUUACAAGCCCUCUGUGAUGGAAAUGUAGUUGUCAAUGCCAUUGGGAUUGGAGACAUGUUCCAUGUAGAUGAAGAAUCAGAGUCUCUGAAAGCAAUUGCUUGUAACAAUGAAGAGAGAGUCCAAAGAAUGAACAUGUUCUCUGAUUUGGUGGCUGAAGAGUUCCUUGAAAAGAUAGAGUUUGAACUCUGCCCAGAUCCUCAGAUUGUCUGCCCUGAACUGCCCUGCCAAACAGAUGGGAGGUACCCAGUUACUUUCCGCCCUGUGGAGGUCGAGAUAACUUUGCCCAGCACCAAACCUAAGAUCGCCCAGUUCCUGAACUCCACGAGGGAGAUCCAGGACCCCAGCAUGUAUACCCAGCUGGUGGCCACCUUGGCCUAUACCGCCGAAAAAGCCAAGUUUGCCACUGGACAUGAGCGGCAGGAGUGGAUGGACUUGUUCAUUGAUACUUUUAAAAUGGUGCACAAAGAGAUUGUGGGGGAUCCAGAGACUGUAAUAGGACUUUGCUGAAAUGAUGAUUCUGCCUCUAAGAGAAAAAGAAAUCUGUGGUUCAGCCUACAGAACAUAAAGAUAUUUAAAAGGACACCCCUUUUAGCUGAAGAAUUAUUCCUGGACUUUUCAUUAAUUCCACAUUAUAACAAAGAAGCUUCUAGGAUAGGAAUGUUCUCAAAAGUCUGCUCAGGUGCGGCUAAGGCUUACAUGCAGCUUUGCUUAGCAACCAGUGCCCUGGCCAAGAAAUAUUUGUGGCCACUGCGUCUCCCAGCAAGAACACACAGAAAGCAGGAGAGCUGCAGUCCUUUAGUUCCUUACCUCAAAACCUGUCUGGGCUGAGUUAUUGGCAUAUCUUCUAAAGCAGAGACCCUACAGUCAUGGUACAAACACACCCCUGCAAGAACCUUGCUCUAGGCCCCAAGAGAUUGUUACCAACUCGUCAGAAGGAGGGAAAACAUUAAAGAGAUGGCUGGAGAGUAAGGAUGUUAAUUGUUUUUAGAGGUAGUCCUCAUUGAACAACCACUUGUUCAGUGACUGUUUGAAGUUAUGAUGGUGCUGAACAAGGGGGAUUUACAACAGGUCCUCAUAGUUGCAGCCAUCGCAGCAUCCCCACAGUUGUGCGAUCUAGAUUUGGGCACUUGGCAACUGGCUCACAAUUACGACAUUGCAGCAUCCCGCAGUCAUGUGAUCGCCAUUUGCGACCUUCACUGACAGCUUCCCACAAGCAGAGUCAGUGGGGAAGCUGGCAGGAGGUCACAGAUGGCAAUCAUGUGACCACAGGAUGCUGUGACUGCACAGGAUUCACCUAACAGUGGCAACUGGGACUGCCACAACUGCCGUUGUAAGUCAGUGCGGUCACGUGGUGUCAUGCUGUAUAACCACAUUGCUUAAUGAUGGAAUUGCCCGUCCCAAUUACCAUCAUUAAGCAAGGACUACCUGUAUUUUAAUUAAAGUUAUAUGAAAUGAACAGCAAUUUAGUAUUUGACCUGGCACAACCUGCUAUAUUUGGAGUGCAGCUCAAGGAUGGCUCCCUCCCUGGAAGACAUUUAACAUCCUUGCUCUAAAGAAUCCAAAUUAAGAAGGGUGACACCAUUCUCCUCUUUGACUUCCCAAAUAGAAUAGAAUAAGGUGAAGAAAGUACAUGGUGUUUGCAGUUAAGCUGCCACAUGGAAUGUUUCUAAGUGUUCAAUGAUUGUCUUUCUCUACUGAAGCCAUGGCAUGACCACCAUAUGUCUAACCCUAACUACUUUUUAAGAGCUGGUGAAUAUCUUACGUUCAUUCUUCCAUCAACUGAUUGUCUGUAAAUGUCUGUGUGUCUCUCUCUGUCUGUCUCUUUCAAGGGCUUUGGUAGGUAAUCCAAGGAACACACAUCCCAUACAGUGGUUUCCAUUAUCUGUUGGGUUUCAUCAAGCAACGUCAGUUUACUUUGCAACUACUAAAUUCCAUACUAGCUAAAUCUUACCAUAAUUGUUAAUGUUUCUGUGUUAACAACAUACAACUAAUUUAGUGCAAGUCUUUCUUCCACUCUUCCAACUGUAUGAGGUAAAUGUAGAAUUUUCCAUAAAGGCAAAAAUUUUACACAAAAUGUGCCACGCAUGUUCAUUUUUUAAAACUUAUUUCAAGCUGCACAUUCAUAUGAACGUUGCAUGUUUUGUGUGUAAUGCCAACAGAAAUUCUGUAUACGUGAUUUCUGAAAUUUAUCUUUACACUCAAAAGACUAGAACGAUCAAACCCGUUUACCACCAAAAUUAGGAGGUGGGAGGGGAAUUCUCCUGUCACUCCUGGGAGAAAUGCUUGCAUGACUAUGCACUACGAUGGCUUGCAAGAGGCAGUUUUAAUACGUAAGAAGAUGUUAUAGAUUCUCUAGAUUAUACUGAAUUCUGCAGACUCAUAAAGAUAAGGGGGACAGUAUAUCCUACAAGUUGCCAUAUCAUAAGGUACAUAAGAGAAAACAGUAUUCAAAUUAAAAUUCUGAUGUGAGGAGACAAACAUGCCUGAUCUGUGCUGGUGUCUUCCUCACAACUCCAGUCCUGUAGCGGCAGCAAUAAAUAAUUGUGUCUCAACAGUAGCUUCAGAAAUGUUGUUUAGAGUUACCAGCAUAAUCUGGCAAGGCUAAUGGAAUUCAGUGGCCAGCAUCACAGGAUGCACAGAGGCCAGGGAUGCUGUCAGGCUCUAAAACACUGAAUCCUCAAGAUUAAAGAAAAAAUACAUUUGAAUAUACUGUAUGUAUGUAUGUAUGUAUGUAGAGAUCUUGUAAGAUUGCCCAAUUUUACAGUGUUUUGGCAAUCAGGAUUUGUGGGGCAACUCAGGGUGUGAAAAUCUGUGGAACAGUGCUUGGGGCCUGAAAAGGUUUCCAAAGCUUGGUCAGUUGCAUGGGUGUAAAAAUUAUCCUGAACAUCCCUUAAUUAACGGUAGCAAGUAUCUAGAUAUGCAAGCUCUUGUCCAAGCUAGUGGGUGUGGGGGUGAAUUAAGAAUAAGGCUGCAACCAAAUGGCUAUUGCAGGGUGCACCCCUUUGAAAGUAAUGGAUGGUAUCCAUAUCUAGAUCCAUGUUUGAGAUAGACCUUGCCCUUCCUAGAAGGAAGGAUGUAUGAACACCUUGUGGAGAUGUUCAUAUAGGUAUCACUGGUCAUGAGGCAAAAUAUUAUGCAAAGAUACCUGGAAAAAUACAUAUCUUACUUUUUUAGGGUAGAAAUAUGAGUGCCAUUCCCAUUAUUGUAAACAUAGCCUUGAAAGUGGACCACAAAGUUCAAACAAAAUAUUAACUUACUUAUUCUAAGCAUGCUUACAAAGUUCAUGCUAAGAAUAAAUAAGACUGGGGCCCCAGAGUUAAUACAUUCUAUAGCAGUGUUAAGAUCUUUCAGAAGUCAUAUCAGUUUCCAGUUCCAAGUCAGUUUACCGCAAGACUAGUAGUAGUCGAGAGCCAGUUUGGUGUAGUGGUUAAGGCAUCAGGCUAGAAACUGGGAGGCUGUGAGUUCUAGUCCCGCCUUAGGCACGAAGCCACCUGGGGGACCUUGGGCCAGUCAUUCUCUCUCAGCCCUAAGAAGCAGGCAAAGGCAAUCCACUUCUGAAAAACCUUGCCAAGAAAACUGCAGGGACUUGUCCAGACAGUCUCUGAGAAUCAGACACGAUUGGAGAAAAAAAAGUAGUAGUAUGUCUGGACUAAGUCAGGUUUUAAAAACAGCAACUACAAGGGCUGGAAGCUGGCUAAUACAAUCCAUGUUACAGUAAGAGAUGAGUGGGUAAAGCCAGGAUGAGCUUAGGUUGUAUAAGGCCUAGUGAGGUUGGCCUGGUCCUCACAAACAGCUGACUCUGCACUACAUCAGAUGGCCAGAUCUCUAGAAUGGCAGCCUAGAUGGUGUCCUGAAGCAGCAUUAGGUGAGCACCUGGCUGUUGAGAGUGCCUUCUUCAAUAGUCUGUGGGCGUGCUACAGUUAGGUCUACACAAGGCUCUUAUCCAAAGAAAUCAGUAGCAAAGAAGUUGCCAAAAGCCUGGACCUUUCCAAACAUUUAUUCCUGAAUGGGUGAGUAAGCUCUAAAUUCAUACAUGAAUUCCUUUAUGAUGUUUCCUCCUCACAUGUUCUUCAUGCAAAUGGUCCCUUAGUGAGGGAUGUGCAAUAAUUUUCAGCCCAGCCAGGGACUGCAGGUCACUCCCUAGAUCCACUGGGGAAACACAGAAGCGUUUCCAGAAGUGAAAUCACAUCACAGGAUAAAGCAGAAUGUAAGUGCCCGUUCUUCUGGAAGGGAUGAAGUGGGAAUUAAAGCAUUGUGUCCCUGCAAAAGCCCAUUUUUUACCUGACAAUCUUGCUGCUCAAUUCCAGCAGCAUGAUUGCUGCAUGCUUCCGAGGGUUUGGGCAGGGAGAGGGGGGGAAAAAAGUGGUAAUGGGCAUAUUUGGCCUCAGAGAGACCAUGCACCAUUUUUAUUUGGCAUUUUCACACCAGACCUAAUGCCACUGAAAAUUAUUUGGUUUUAUAACAAAUUCCAGAAACACAGGGCCGCCAAAUAGCAUGCUAGAGGCAGUCCAUAUGGCUGCUGGCUCCUGCCAUAUAUUGUACAUUUUUCCAAAAAACUCAGAGAUACGUUAAGCUAAACCUCUGGCUCUGGUGUUUUCUCUCUCACUCCAGGAGAGCCUGUGUUCAGAAUGCUCUUACAACUCUCAGCAAUUGUAUAAGGUACAUAAUGACCUAGUUCAUAGUCUGCAGUUGUCAAAGGCCAUAAAAAAAAUAAUUGGAAUGGAUUGGAUUCUAGUUUCAAGGCAUGAACUGUAGGAUGGUGAAGCUAAAAAGAAAUCUACAUUAGUGCAAUCUUUCCUCUGUUUUUCUAUUUGCUCAGUUUCUUAUUUUCUCCCAAUUACUCCUGCUCUUUUAACAUUUCAUAUUAUGCUAAUAGCAUUUCUCAUUGCCUGCUUGACCUGCCAGUCCUUGCUUGCUGGGAGAGAGGUGACUUGAAAAGAAAUGGUACUUUUUCUCUGUAUUCCUUUAUUUAGCCCUCUGUCAGGGCAGAGGCUAUGCAGUUGAUAAGUUGAUAGGAAUAAGGACAAAUGCUGCAGAGGAUAAAGUUGCAAACUCUUCUGUUUUAGAAAAACAGGCGGCAACUUUUAAGAAGCCACUGGCUGCACUUUAAAAGUGUGUGCGGACCCAAACAAAGGGAAAAAGAGAUCUGAAUUAACACUCAUUUUGGGGGAAACCCUGGAGAUAUGGGUGUCAUAGGUCUUCCCCUUUAUUCUUUGUCUCUGGUCCUGCAUUUUUCAAAGAGUCCCUGGCUCAACCAGCAGGUCACAACAAAAGGGCUACAAAUCAAUAUGUGCAAUAUGCCAGUGGGUGAUGGGUAGGUAGGCCAAGAGUGACUUUAAAGAAAGACACUUGGUACAGUGUCAUCUAUGCAAUUGAACAGGAAAAUGCAUUGAAACAAGAGAAACACCUCUUUUGGCACAAAUUUUGUUGGUACAAACUAUGAUCUACUCAUGGUGUUUCCUGGCGUUCGCAGAAAUAGUAAUAGCUGGGGGGGGAAAGUACAGAGGGAAAUAUAUUACCUGAUUGAUUUGUAAAUAAUGUUUGUCCAUCGUUUGCAUCAUUGGUUAAAUGUUGACACACUCCUUAUAAACUGGCUCAGUCCAAGGAAAAUUGCACUCAGAAACUGAUGCUGAUGCUCUGGAACUUGCCUGGCUGUAUCAUUAAGUACAAAACCCAACAUUUGGUUUCCGACUCAAACCUAUGCCAGAGUUUUGAAUCCGUUUUGUAUUGUUUUGCUCAUCCAAGUCUGUCACACUCUGGGUACAGCACGCAUCCGUUUUAUGCCAGUUUCGUUGUGUUUCCUUCCACUAACUUAGGGUUCAAUCACACCCACACAAAUUCCUUGUAUGAGCUUAGAAAUAAUUUGUUGCAGAUUAAAUGGAAACGAUUUCUUGUUAUUUAUGUUUGACAAUUCAUGUGCAAUGGUAAGGAACCUCAGCAAAGCUCCCUACGUCCUGUGUAAAUCCGUUUUAGUUUGAUGAAAAGAAAACAAGUGAAAGAUUUGGAGACCUUUUACAGUGCUCUUCCCAAGGAGACAUUAGUGUACAAAAAUGCUUUUAUUUGGGGUGAAAGUUUGCAAUUAAUUUAUUCAGCCAGUAAAAGCUUUGUUCUUCAUAAAAUGUUUUAUGAAUACGUUUUUUGUUUUUGUUGUCAUUUUUGCUAAUCAUGUCAACAGCAAUAUGUGUAAUGUGCUUUCAUAGGUGAAAGAGAGAGAAAAAAAGAUGGCAUCUCAAUAAACAGUGCAAAUCUUGGCUAACA